AUGGAGUUAAAUUCUUGCACUCAUUCCUUUAUGUUGGACGUUGAAUAUUUUGAACCGGAUGAGUUUAGUUUCAUGGGAUUUGCGAAAAUUUUAAGGGAGGAGGCAAGCCUGGCGCCUCCGGAGAUGACUGAAGAGAACUUUCCUGGCCUAACGAGCACUGUAGUAAGAGUCGCAGUGCAGCAGAUUAAUCAGGACAAAGUACAGCAGAAUGAUGCACCUCCGGAGAUGACUGAGGAGAAUUUUCCUGCCCUAAAGAGCACUAGGGUGAGAGACGAAGAACAGCACAAUAAUCAGGAUGAAGUUCAGGUAGAAAAUCUGGACGAAGGGAACAAAAUUAACAAGAUGAGCAGGAGGAGAAGACGUGCUCAAUUGAAGGCGCAGCGGCAACAGCAGCAGGAAGAAGCAGAAUUUGGACAAGUAGGAGAAGAUGGACAAGUAAAAACAACAGGCCUGACGAACAUUUCUCCAUGUGUCAAAAAAGAGUGUGGCUCGUUGACUACUGCGACAGAGGUACAGGAAUGUUUACCACCAAUGGAAACGGCGAUUUUGGGAAUCACAGAGCGGAGGAGCUUUGAACGGACAGGAGAAAUUGUCAUAAAAAAUGAACAUGAAUAUUCAUACUCUCAGAUUGAAGCUCAAUAUCAAUGUUUUAAUUAUAGUGUCUCUUCUCCUGAUGGACUAGCAAAAAUUCGACAUUGGAGCAAAAAAUAUCCUAUAUGUAUAGAAAUUGAGAACACAACUGUAAAGAAUGAUGAUGUUUUUACUAACGAAGAUUUUUCAUUGGAUAAUACUAUAACUAAUUUAGAGAAAGAUGACUGCAGUGAUUCUACAACAACUAAUACCUUUCAUGAUAACACACAAGAAGAUGAAUUUAAAGAUGUUGAAGAUUAUGAAGAAAAUACAUGUGCUAGAAAUUCAGUGUCAUCUUUAGGUGAAGAUAUAGAAACCAAUUCAGAUAAUUCACAUUUAAAAGAAGAUAGACAAAGGCUGUUGUUAUUUGCUCGUGCCAAUCGAGAGAAAUAUGACUGGUAUUUGCGAAUACUCUCCACAAUAAAAUUACUUUCUGUGAAAAAUAAUGAUAAGGAAUCAAAUGUCAAGUGUUCAGAUGAUCGAGCAUCAGGAAGUGAGUCAAGCCAAGAUGAAACAAAGCAAAUAGAAAAGAAAGAAAGUAGUCAAAAUAACAAUAUCGGAACCAGUGAUGUGGAUUCUAUAUCUACAAAUAGUAAAUCUGGUGACUUUGAGAAUGUUAUAGCAGAAGAUGCCUCCAAAAACAAUGUAUCUCUAAUGGGUGACCAACAAUAUUUGAAAUACAUGGGUUAUUUUCUACAUGGAGACCAUAAAGAUGAUACAAGUGAAAUUAGCAGAGAUUUUAAUCUAUCGAUAUCUAAAGAUGUUCUCUGGUUUAAUGUAUUAGCUGGAAGAGUGCUUUUGGGUAUUUUAAAUGAUCCUGGGUGGAUUAUGAAGAUUCAAGAACGAAUCCAAAAAAAACUUUCUACAAUUAAGUUGCCUUAUUAUAUAGAUGAGCUGGAAUGUUCAGAACUUAGUUUAGGCGAAACACCACCAAAGAUACACCGUGCUUCUAAGCCCGUUAUGAAUGAAAGAGGUUUAUGGGUUGAUUUAGAUGUCACGUAUGAAGGUCUAGUCACUCUAGUCUUAUCUACAAAAUUAAAUCUCAUGAAGUUAAAAAAAAUUAAUGCAGCAGACACUGUGGAUACUAAUGAUCCAUGCCAAAGUUCUAAAUUUCAAAAUCAGAAAGCAUCUGCAAUUUACAAUAGUGAUCUAGAAGAUAGUGCAGAUAGUUCAACAUCUGAUGAUCAAGUUCAAGAUACAAAUUCAGAUAAAACAUUUUCAUUAGGUUCUAUAUCGCCAACACCCAGAAAGCAAAAUAACAAAAGCUUUUUAAAAGUUGUUGAUCAAGUUGCUGCCUCAAAGUUUUUCCAACAGGCAACAGAAAAUAAAUUCGUGAAAAAGGCUUUAGUUGCUGUAAGCAAUAGUCAGUUACGUUUACAAGUAGAUUUUCGUGGACUAAUUGGGGAAUUAGUUCUGAAUAUUCCAAAUCCGCCUUCGGAUAGAUUGUGGUUUGGUUUUCGGAAACCCCACGCAUUUGGCUGA